ACGAAACUUACAUUUUACAACUUUUUUCAGAAAUCAAGCUGAAAUGGCUCACACAUGCAGAGGCACUAUCAGCUUACAUGGAGCUCUCAUUCACACCGAAGAAUCAUGCACAUUCGUUAUUUCAAAUGGAGGAACUCAAACGUUUCAUAUAAGGGCAGCAAAUGAAGUUGAAAGACAGCGCUGGGUAACUGCUUUAGAACUGGCCAAGGCUAAAGCUAUUCGUGCCAUUGAAUCAGAAGAUGAAGAAGAGUCUUGUUAUGAACCAGCUGACGCAGAAGUAUCAAAUAUGGUGAAGGUUUUGAAUGGUCGCCUAGAGAAUCUUGAAACAUGCAGAGAGCUCAUUUCAAAACAUGGUGCUGCUCUUCAACGAUCGUUGACUGAAUUGGAAAGCAUUGAUUCGGCGGUAGAUGUCUCUGCAAAAAUCAAAGCCGUAAAUGAAAGAGCUACUCUGUUCAGGAUAACCUCCAAUGCUAUGAUUAAUAAAUGUGGUGAGUUUCUCGAACUAGCUAGCCAACAGGGAAGGAAAUGGCAAAGGAUACUGAUCUACGAGAGGGAGCAAAAGAGACGGUUCCAAGAAAUGGUCGAACAACUGGCCAAAGAUCACUCACUCCUCGAGCAAGCUGCCAAGGAUCAUCGUAUUCCCAGACCAAGUAAUUCUCCUUUGUCUGAUGAGGAUGAUGAAACAACUGAAUUCUAUGAUGCUUAUGAGGGAGAAGAAUCCUGUGAUACUGAAAAAUUUGUUCUGAAAAUAAACGUGGCUAAGUCUCGUAAACGAGAUACGGAUGAUGCAUCUGGCUCUAGCAGCGAUGUGGAAGAAAUGGGAACUAUGCAGAGAGAUAUUACAGUUGUCAGUAGCAGCCUUGAUCUUUCCAUUCGUGAAACAGCAGAGUCUGGAAGGACACAGUGUGAUACCAAAACAAAGACGUCUAGUAAUCAGGCAUCAAACCAGAAGCUAGGAGAAAGUAGUGACGUGAGUGCUCCUGCAAGUGAUUCGCAGUCAAAGAAAAUCAGGCGGCGUCGAUUAAGGGUUCCUGAUAAACCAAUUUAUCCUUUGAAUUUGUGGAGCAUAAUGAAGAAUUGUAUUGGCAAAGAAUUGUCUAAAAUACCAAUGCCAGUGAAUUUUUCUGAGCCUCUCUCAAUGCUUCAACGUUUGGCGGAGGACUUUGAAUAUGCUGAAAUUUUGGAUCGAGCUGCACAAUGCAAAGAUGUUCACGAACAGCUGGCUUACGUUGCAGCAUUCACCGUCUCCAGUUAUUCAACAACCGCCAAUCGUACCGGCAAACCGUUCAAUCCACUUCUCGGUGAAACUUAUGAAUUCGAUCGAACAGAAGAUCUAGGCUGGAGGGUGAUUUCCGAGCAGGUCUCUCAUCAUCCACCAAUGGUCGCUCAACAUUGCGAAGGGAAGGAAUGGACUUGUUGGCAGGAAUUUACCAUGGCUUCCAAGUUCCGAGGGAAAUACCUUCAAGUGGUUCCUCUUGGCAUCGCCCACCUCAGAUUCCACGAGAAUGGUCAACACUUCACUUGGAGAAAAGUUACAACAACUGUCCAUAAUAUAAUUGUGGGUAAACUUUGGGUGGACCAACAUGGUGACAUCGAUAUAAUAAAUCAUACGAAUGGAUCAAAGUGUCAUCUCAGCUUUAUACCCUACAGCUACUUUACUCGAGAUGUUCAAAGAAAGGUAAAAGGUUGUGUGAUGGAUAAAGACGGAGAUGUGAAAUGGGUGAUAAAUGGAACUUGGGAUGGAAAAAUUGAUAUCGCUCCUGUGAUAAGUGUCAGUGGUACGCCAGAAAAUCCCGUUUACAAGACUGGUGAAUACACGACGAUUUGGCGUGUCAGACCUCCACCAUCCGACUGUGAGAAGUUCUACAAUUUCACAGAGUUGGCGUGCCAACUGAAUGAAAUGGAAGAGGGGGUUGCCCCCACUGAUUCUCGGUUCAGGCCUGAUCAAAGACUGAUGGAGCAAGGCGAAUGGCAAGAGGCAAACACUGUUAAAGUCAAACUGGAGGAAAAACAGAGAGCAGCCAGAAGACAAAGGGAAGCUGCAAUUGCCGCAAUGGCUUCUGGAAAUAUGGCUUUGAAUUAUGACAAUAAUGAUGAACAGCCCAGUGAUAAUGACGAUGAUGAUGACGAUCAAGCCGUUUCUGAUUCGCAGUCUGAUGCACCAGGAAAAUCAUACUCGACUUACCAGCCGAUAUGGUUCGACAGGGAGCUGGAUCCAAUCACCGGUUCAAUAGCUCAUAAAUACAAAGGUGGCUACUGGGAAGCCAAAGAGAGGCAUGAUUGGAGUAUGUGUCCCAGUAUAUUUUAAUCCGCAUUUCAUUUUGCUCACUUAAACUGUCUGUAGAGUUAGAAUCAAUUCAGUUGACGGCUAAACUCAUGGCGUAUGCCUUAUGUACAGUAUAUGCAAUAUACCCAAGUAAAACAAUAUCAAUAAAUACACAUAUAAGGUAUAAUCGUCAUCAUGCAAAUGUUUUAUGUUGAGUAAACUCCAGCUGUGACUAGAUUGUUGUUACUUGAAUAGUGUUAUAGUUUAUUCGAAGAAAAUAGUUUAUUCGACUAAAAUAAUAUUGAAUAUGUGAAUGUUAGUUGCCUAUUGGUUGACGCUUCAAUUAGUUGGAUUGUUCACGUCUUUCAGUUCUAGUUGUCCAUAAGAUCUUAAGAUAUUGUAAAUGUCUACUCUCGAUUCAUUAAAUUUUACAAGGUAAUACAAUAUACUAAGGUAUAAAAAUUUAAUAAUUGUAAGAUUUCACGAAUAUGUUGCUAGAAUCUCGUUUCCAUGUUUUUUGCUAUUCAGUUCUGUUAUAGAAUGUAAAUAUCUUAUUCGUUGGUUUAUAAAAGUAUCGAUUUUAUCUUGCUUUGUAUGUGAAAUCCUAUGAUUAGCCUUGCUAGUUUGACUUGCCAUUGAACGUCCUUUAGAAGAGUUAUAAAAUAAUAUAUUAAAUAACAGCAAAGUGAUAUUAACUGCUGGAUUGUUCGUUUGUUAUGAUUUACAUUUUAUUACAACUCCAUUGUAAGGAUUCAAAAUACGCUGUUGCAGCAUCACAUGCAAUCAAUUAGUUCUUUGAAAGAUGCAACAAUCAAUAUAAGACAUUAAUUGCUUAUCAUUCAUCACUAAUUUAAAAAAAUAUAGUCACAUUUAAAAAUAACUCACACGGAGCCUCAGAAUACGACGGUUCAAACGGAUCAGAACCACCCUGGGUCUCUUUAAGAAUGUGAGGGCUUUCCGAAUUUGAAAAUCGAGGUUUCCGGCUGUCUGUCUAUUCAUUUAGAUUAAACCGUGUAUCAUAAGAGUAGAAACAUAAUUACCAACCGAACACUAUCAGAUUAAACAUAACAACCAUUGACAGUAAUCAAUUACUUUUUCUCCAUCAGGUUCUUGAAGGUCUGAAGCUCUUGUAACCUUCUAGCAUAAUUAAAUGCCACGAAAUUCACAAAUGAUUAGGCUAUAUGUUGCCGACACAAACAAUGCCACCUCCAUUAAACUGAAUCCUCCGCUGCAAUAUGUUUUAGUAAUUAGGGCUCCGUAACUGGAUUACUCGGUAUAAGGUCUCGUUUCUCUAAAAUUAUUCAACGAUGGAAACAUAUUAUGAGUGAGCUAAUGCUACAGACAAUUUUAAUGAUAAAAUUGGAAAAUUGUUAUUAGAUUCUUUCAAAAAAUUUAGGCAUAAAAUCUAUCCACAAAUUAUCAAGUUGAGCGUUGAAUAUAACCAUUUUCCUCCCAUAUUUCAGUUUCUAAUAAUUCAAUUUCAAAAUAAUUCGUGGUGAAGGUAAAGUGUUAGAAACACAAUUAUAGCUGGUUUUCUAAUAAUACUAGUUCAAACUAUUUAGUUACCAGGUUACAUUUUAAUUGCUAUUAGUUUUUAGUCGGUGGGAGGGUUCCAGACUCAUCCAUGCAUUAUUUGUUGUCACUUUGGAAUGUGAAUAUGAGUUUAUGGUUUCAUUUAAUAGGGAAUAUGGAUACUAUUUAUCAAAACCUAAAAUAUUUAAGUUGCGUUUUUAUGGAUUCAUUUCUGCUUUUAACUAUAUAUUCAGUUGUUUAUAAUAAUCUUAAUUUAGAUGCUCCCAACAAUUAGAUGGUGGAAGCAGUCCACGAAUUUAGGUCCUUCGUUUCAGUGAAUCUUCAAUAUCUCUAUGUUUUUUUUUAUUUCUUCAGCAUUCUCCUCCCGUAAAAGCUCGUCUACACAGAGAGCGAUUUGUGAUCCUAUAAGUAUCUAUAUUCUUCCAAUGAAUUCUGAUCACAGAUCGCUCUUUGUGCGGCGGACCCUAAAUCUUUCCUAAAAACAUAAUAAGGUGCCUGAACUUACUUUCUCCAUGAUAAUUCUUUCCAUAAUAUUAGAAGGAAAUCUUCAAAUUAUUUUGAGAAUGGAAUUCUGCUUCAAAGUAGUCUUAGUUGUUCUUCAAGGUAGAUCACCAAAUAAUCGAAUCGUCAAUUAGUUUAUUUGAUGUUAUGUAACUGUGUUUUCAGACAGGACAGUUCAUGGUUAAAGUUUGAAUAAAAUUAUUGCUGAAUUGUAGCUACUAGCAUCAUGAAAUUAUAGUGCUCUAAUGAGGUUGUUUAAACAUCGGCAUUGGGGAAUCCCGUCUCUUUAUAAGACCUCAUAUAAGUUAGCAAUUCUAUGGCAUGAGUUUAGUUAUAAAUAUGUAGAUAGCUACAUAUUUAGGUGUGAGACAAAAAUCAAAACUCAUCAUUUUGGAAAGAAUCCAGAAGUGAUGUAAUUUAGAAAGAGUUUUACUCUUUACAAUUUUUACCAUUCACUAGUCAAGUGUACUCUUGCCAACACUCUCUCUUUCUCUCUCAAAAGGUAUUCGUGAAUUUCAAGUUUAUUUCCAAAUUGUGAGAAUCUAAACCUUGUUGGAAUAGAAGUGAAUGUAUAGUGCAAUAUUUCAUCUAGUAAAGAUUGUUUUAACUUCAAUAAACAGUAUUGAGAUACUGACAAUAAUUUUCUAAAUUAUAUUUUACAAAUAUAAACUAUAUAAUAAUAUGAUUAUUAUUCAACGAAAAUCCAAAUUAAAUGCUGUAAUUUCCAUCUAUAUAAUAUAGUUUUAUUUGUCACUAAUCUUUUUAGUAUGAAUUAUUUUUCAAUUACUCAACAUUAUACUUGAAUGUACGCUUGAUUCUUAGUCAUAAGAGAUACAUUUACCAACACUUACUUUUCACUAUUUUACUUAUUCAUAAUCCUUGUUUCCUUGAAGCUAUUACAUUCAGUAUCAAUAGCAGUCUUUUCUUGAUAUUAUUUAGUCUUGGAAAAUAAUUCCCUAACAUAUUGUUAUCAUUCCCCAAGUUGCUAUCUCAGAUAGCAAGUCAGAUCGUAGUUAUCUCAGAUAACUACUAACAUGCAAGUUAAACAAUAUGAUAAAUCAAUUGAGAAGGAAAUUGAUAAAUAUUUUCAAAAAUCAGAAUCGUAGUCGAAAAACUUUUUUAGAAGAUACUGGGAUGUGCUACAGUGUAUUAUUCUGUACUUUCUUUAUUCAUGUGCUUAUUCAGCUUUGUGACAUUGCUUUUCUAUAUCUUGCUCGAAAGUGUGGAAGAAGUCAAGUGAUUGGAAUUAGUGUUGAUGAGGAAGACUGCUAUAAAUUUAUAUUUUGUGAAAAAUAUUGCCUUUCAAUAGAUGAGCAUGCAUAAAUGUUAAUUAUAUAGUGCCAGUUGUAUGUUAUCAUGCAACAAGCCUUAAAAGAAUAAGGAAAUUAUCUAAUUAGUGCACAAGGAGUAUAAUGGACUCUAUUAUUAUCCCCAACUACUAUUAUAGUUUAUAGAAACACUCUAAUUUUUUGCAGAAAAUUUUUCUCAGCCAAUCGAUUAUGAUUGGCAUUAAAUUUCAUCAUUAAUGUAAUAAAGAUGUAAUUGAUUUCA